AUGGCUGCUGAUCGUGAUGUUAGUCUUUCUGGAGGCACUGAUCAUAUGGAACUGCUAAAGGAUUGGAGAUUGGAUGAUAGAGUGAAGUCUUUUCUUUGUAAUUCUAGAAUUUAUAAGUAUAUUAGCGAAUUAGAUGCUGUUAGGGUAGAUACAAAAUUAGUUUCAUUUCUUUGUAAUUCCUAUGAGGAUGGCCAUUUUCAUAUAGGUAAUCAUAGGUUAUAUUUAGGAUUACAAGAUAUUUUUUAUCUAACUGGACUACCCAUUGAUGGGAAACCAGUUAUAUCAAAUUCACAAGAUAUAGAUGGGCUGUGUGAGAGGCUUUUAGGAAGAAUCCCACCGAAGAAAAAUGUUGUAAAAUCUGGGUAUGUGGGACUGAAAUGGUUGAAGGAGGAGUUUGAAGAGGUUAAUGUCCCAGCUGAUAGCCCUGACAUUCACAGAUAUGUCAGGGCUUAUUUGUUGUUUGUCUUAGGUUGUGUAGUUUUUCCCGGGCUGCCGAGACAUCAAGUACCAGGAGAUUAUCUUCAUCUCUUCGACGAUCUUUCUGCCAUUGAUGAUUUUGCAUGGGGGUCAGCCAUGUUGGCUCACCUCCAUGUAGCUUUGAAGAGGGUGAGAGACAAAAAUAGCAAGGGGAAAAACUUAUCAGCUAGCUGUUUUAUACUCCAGAUUUUUGCUUUGGAGCACCUUCCAAAGCUGGUUACUUCAUAUUUUGGUGGUGACUUCGAGUUGCCAAAAGCUAUACCGCUUGCUGGGGGUUGGUCAAAACUUCUGGCACGCUAUUCUAGAAACAACAAUAAGAAGUUUAAUAUGGCGGAAGCAGAUGAGAUUUCAUUGACGCCGUACAACCGAGUCUUGAUUUCUGAUCCUAACUUCUUGGAUCAAUUUAAGUUGUGCGGCGGUCGUUUCUAUUCGAUCUGCUUAGAUCGAAUAUGGUUUUAUAGCUAUGAGGAUUGUGCUGAUCAGUUGGGUCUCCCUCCUGUGGAUAAUCCCUUGCCGAAGAUGGAUGUUGGCACGCUACCAAAGUGUAGGAAGGGAGAGCAGAGAGAUUGGGAAAAGUAUUAUGAAGGAUAUGUAGCACAUUGGAACGAUAGGCAGUCCACAUGUGUCGAUCUAUCCCUGCCUGCUAUUGUAGAGGAUGAAAUGGAGUUUAUGCCUUCUCCUGGUAUCUUCACAGGGGUUUCUCCUUCCUCUGCAUUAGUAGCGGAUGGAGCGGAUCAGCCUCUUCAAGAGCACACAACAGAAAUGCCUUCUCCAGUGAUUGAAGAGGGGCCAUCUUUGCCUUCUUCCCAUAUCCUCCCAGGAGGCGACUCUGUGCUGGCAGUGGAUCAGCCUCCUCAAAAAUACCAAACAAAAAGGCGGUUGAGAAAAUGGUGCCGAAAGAAAUAUUAUACCUUUAUGGUGAAACCAAAGCGAUCGAGGCACCCAGUGUUAAACUUGUUUCUGUAGAACAGAACUUUCAACCGAAGAAUUCAAAGCAAUGAGACUGAGCGAUUGGGUGUAUACUUUAUUGGCGGGAUGUCUACCUGUACAACGACUUCGCUGUUUAUGAUAACAUCAAGGAUAAAGCUGAGCUAACCAUAUACUGUGAGAACAAUGGCAGUGGAAGUAAUGGCGAGAGACACGGAUUAUGGGGCUAACCAUUUUCACUUUUUCUCUUCAUAACACCUUUUUAAACAUCUCUUUCUGCAGGUGCCAUGGAGGCUUGUAUAAAAAAAUAAAAAUGUAGAAUGUUGAAAUGUACUUGUUCAGGGGCCAGUAUCCUCUUCAUUUCCUACAAAAAUUCAGGGAAUACAUAGAUAUAUGUUUCCUCUAUGGGAAAAAUAGUUGGAAAUUCAAGAUCUUAAGACCAUUUGUCCCUGUUCAGCUGUUGUAAAAAAGUAUGUACAUCUUGCUGCAAGAAGAGAAUGGGGUGUGUCUCAUGUCAAUAAAUUUUGCAGCCACCAUUUCUCUCAAAUAAUUUUACCUUAUCCAAUUUAAAAAUUACUCAUCUGAAUUAU